AUGGGCGACCGUCCUUAUGCACGGCUGGACCAACACGCUUGUCAUAGCCUGAGCCGCACCAUACAAGUACUACUCACCCAUGCUACAUACAUUCAAUCCCCGACUUUGGUUACUCAUCUCACGCCCUCCCCAAUUGGGUCCAGAUCAGCGCAACGUUAUUGGUUGAGGUUGAGAGGCUCAGCCGACUUGUACCGCCACACGGGACUGAUGCUCUUGCCUCGUCUUUUUUUUACCGUUCGAGGUAAAUGGCUCAAUUAG